GCUCCACCAUCUCACUGCGGAAAACCCUCGCUGAAGCGUCCUCCUGUGGCUAUAGACGCGCUGAGCGGCGGCCGGACGCUAGGGGGCGCCGUUUCCCCGCUCGGUCACCGCAGUGCUGCCUUUCUACGAGGAGUGCGUUUGAUUGUUGCAGGGCUCAAUGGCGGACAGAGCAGGAUAGUCGCGUUAGCACUGAGGACAAUAACAGCUCGACUUCGUGAGAACCUGGCGUGACUCGCUUCGCCGCUGCGUGCCUCCGGGUGCGACAGUUGAAACGAGCUCCUCUCGGCACCAAGGUUAAAUACCGAGUCGGUGCAGCUAUUUUGUGGGCGUCUUGAGUUCCCAUCCCGGAGAAGUUCCACCGUUCGUGGUGAUUCGCUGAAGACAGCUAGCUCGCGAGAGAAAAAAACAUGGGGGACUCUCUUGAGUUGAUUGGGAAGCGCCUGUUUUUGCUCCUCGACGACGGCAGCUUCACGAAUGGAUGCGAACCGGAGCUUGCUGUCAGGUCCCAGGAUUGGCUGCGGGGGACGGUGCGGGCGGUGAGCGUUAUGGGCCUGGCCGCGCCGGAGGUUAGCGGCGAAGAGGCGACAACAACAACCGCUGCUGCAGGACUGACGGUAUUUGUGGAGUUUGAGAAUGCGACACAGCGCUGCUCCUGGGUACAGGUUUAUGACGAGGGAGUGAAAGCUGUCUUGGUAGAAGACUUCAUUGUUUGGGCCAAUCAGAGUGAUGAUACUGGGAGUACUGGAGCCUCCACAUCAGCCACAGCCUGGCCUGCUUUGGCCUUUCGCUCUCUAGUGGAUAGAGUGGGAUUUGGGUCCUUAGUUCCUGUCGAGUACUUUGGAAACAAGAACUUUGAGUUCCUGUCCGAUAAUAAAACAAUCCAGAGGUUUGAGGUUGAUAAAGACAUAAGACACCCUUUGCUGUUGGAACAGCCUUCUCUGCAGGCUGCCAUCUCUAGCUGGCGUACUGACUUUGAACUGCAGGAGAUUUUCAGGAAGGGCUCAUACACUAUUCAAGGACGCAGGGUUCGUGUGUACCAACCAGAGUUUGAGGAGUGCUGGGCCUCAGGGCUUGUCUCACAGCAUGACCCUAUUUCACACAUUAUGGAGAUUACCUUGGAUAAGGGAGAGGAGAAUCAGAUGGUAGAUCCUCGUGUGAUACAUGUCAUGCUGACAGAGGAGGAGCUUGGUAAGAAUGGGCGGCGAAGGAAGGACAGUGAAACAAUGAAGGGUGAUAAUGGACGUAGACGUAGGACUGCCUCCGAAGGUGAGGAUGACUUGAACUUGAAACGUUUUAAAGGAGCAGGAGACAUGGGUGCUGAUGUGCAAAACUGUGGUGACUCCAGCAAAACCCCAGUGGAAGGGAUAGGGAUCUGGGGUGGCGACUCUGGCGAAAGAGUUAGCAGCACAACUAAAAACGGAGGCUCUUCAGAAGGACCCUUUCCGCAGGGCAGAGUGUCGUCCCCCAACACCAAUUCUACACUUACAAUUGACCAAUCGCAUACUGCGUCUCCUCGUUAUCCUGCCCACGUCAAAGAAAAUGGUCGCUCACUCCCCACACAAGGGGCAGCGGACUCUACCACCAAUCUUACUCACACCCCCACGCCUCCUCCCCUCAAACCAGCCCCCUCUCCUUUCUCCAGCACAUCUUUCCCUUCACUAGGCCAGAUGCCAAGCCUGGUCCCUGGAGCUCCAGCCCCUAAGGCCUCACCAAGCCCUCAGCCAGACCGGGAGGAGGCCUCCCAGUCAUCCUAUUCUAAAACAGCUGCUCUUGUUUCCCCUGGACCAGUCACCAUUUCCUGGUUGCAAGACAGUGUCCCUAGUGUGGCACUUUCUGCUUCUGCGGGUUUUAGUCCUAAAGCCCCUGCCUGGGGAAGCCAUACUGAGGGAUCUAAAGCUGGAUCGGGUUUUGGUCUGCCCCAAGCUGUGCCCACUGCUCCUGUGUUUGGAGAUGUAACUUCUCAGACUAACGGAGCUCCCACCACAACAUCCCAGGAUACUACCCCCAGACCUUUUGGUUUUGGCUUUGCAGGAACCAAUAAUGAAACUCAGUCUCAGAAAGACCAAAACCUGUUUUUCCAGUGUAUGAACCAGAAUUCUAGCUCCAGCCCAAGUCUAACUGCUGGCCAGACACAAACCAAGGACACCAAUUAUUUUACUGCAGUGUCUGAGAGCCUGACUAAAGAACCCCCAUGCCUUUUCAAGCCUGCAGUCUCCACUGAAGGGUUGAAAAAGCCUGAGCAGCCUAAAGUGCCUGAGAACCAUCCACCGGGAAAUGGUGUGCUCAACAAGUCAUCAGCCUUCCAGGGCGCCGGUGGUUCUGUAGGAGGAAGAGGAACUGGUAUUGGUGGUGCGAUUACAUCCUCUGGAACCCAAGGUUCUUGUAAGAAGAACAGUAAUAAUGGAACUUCUCCGGGAGGUUUAGGCAUGCAAACUGUUUUUAAUGCUUCAGAUUGCCACCAAAAUCUUUUUCUUCAAGCCUCCAAUGAGCCUUCAAAUCCUUUUCUUGCAUGUGGAGAAAAACCCUCCCACACAACCUUUGCUGGCCUCAGUGCAGCUGAACCUCAGAAUCUGGGUUCUGCAUCAGACAGUAAACCAAACCUGUUUACUAUGACAGAGCCACCCAAGGGGAUUAUGUCUUCAGCUUUCCCGGCACUCCCAACAGCUGCUUCACCUAGCUCUUCCUCCAAUCCAGCACCGCCUUCGUCUCAGAGGCCACAAAGUGAGGGGACUCUAACAAAGGAGGAGCAAGGGGCUGGAGAAAGGCCUACAUCCACCUCAGGUUACACCUUGUUUGGGAGCACUAGCUCUGGUGGAUUUGAAGAAGUGCCUGUGUCAUUUGAUCAGAGCCAGUCUCAAAAGUUCGCUCUGGAGAACCGGAGUCAAUCGUCCAAACGCGACUCUGAAUCCAGCAGCAACAGUGACCUGUCAGACCUGAGCGACAAUGACGAUGGUCCAGAUAAAGACCCAGAGGGCCCCACAGGCUCUGCAACAGAUGGAACUGCGUUGCAAAAAACAAAAGUCCAAGGGGCUGCUAAAAGCCGUCCACGUAACAAGCCUUUCAAAGUUGGACAAUCUGUGUUAAAAGAUCAGAGCAAGGUUCGGCGUUUGAAGCAGUCGGGCGAGUCCUUUUUACAGGAUGGCUCCUGCAUCAGUGUGGCCCCUCACUUACACAAGUGUCGUGAAUGCCGUUUGGAGCGUUAUCGCAAAGGUCGAAAUACAGAAGACGACAGUGAUGAGGACGACGACCCAAACGUUGCCUGUCGUUUUUUCCACUUCAGAAGGUUGGCUUUUACCCGUAAAGGUGUACUGCGGGUAGAAGGUUUCCUGAGUCCUCAGCAGAGUGAUUCUAUGGCAAUGAGUCUGUGGCUGCCUGUGCUAACUGUCCAAGAGGGGCUUGACCUUGAUACAUCUAAGUAUAUUCUAGCCAAUGUGGGAGACCAGUUCUGCCAGUUGGUCAUGUCUGAGAAGGAGGCCAUGAUGAUGGUGGAACCUCACCAGAAAGUGGCCUGGAAACGUGCUGUGCGAGGCGUCAGGGAAAUGUGUGACGUGUGUGAGACCACUUUGUUCAACAUCCACUGGGUGUGUCGCAAGUGUGGCUUUGGAGUGUGUCUGGACUGCUAUCGACUGCGCAGGAACAGGCCGAGAGAAGAUGUAGAUGAAGGUCCAGAGGAUGAGGUUUUUGCUUGGAUAAAAUGUGUCAAAGGUCAACCUCAUGAGCCACAGAACCUCAUGCCGACACAGAUUAUACCUGGCACAGCGCUUUACAACAUAGGUGACAUGGUGCACGCAGCCAGAGGCAAGUGGGGCAUUAAGGCCAAUUGCCCCUGUGCAAGUCGACACACCAAACCUCUAGUGCGUCCUUGUGCCCCAAAUGGAAUUUCACAGCAGUCUGCAACGAGCAGUAGUGGCAACCUUGCAGCUGCAGCUUCUGGUAUUGGCACGACUCCAAAAUCAGGCGAGGGCGAAACACCAGCAAUUAAAACAGAAACUACACAAACAGCAGCUCCAGCAGACAGUGGUGGUGGGGAAGGCCUAGGAAAUACUAUUAACCCUGUUAGUGGCACGUCCUCCCCCUGUAACCUCACCCAAACGACUGCCAAGGACUCGCGCUCAUCGGGAGAGGGCAACAGCUCUGCUCUGCACUGGCUGGCAGACUUAGCUACACAAAAGGCCAAGGAUGACGUCAAGGAAUCCGGUUCACUUCGCUCAAUGAUGAAUCGAGACAACCGGCCUCCCUUUGGCCUAGACUCACUCAGUGCCCUGUCAAAGCCUUCAGCGUCCAGCCCUAAGCUCUUUAACAGUCUAUUACUGGGCUCCAGCAUGGGCCAGUCUAAACCUGAAGGGUCCAGUCUCCGUGAUCUGCUCAACUCCGGACCGGGCAAACUCCCUCAGGGCCCUGGAGAUAGUGGAGUACCAUUCCCCUCUGUCUUUACCUCAGGAGGCAGUGAUAAACUGAAGAGCAGCCUCCCAAACUUCCUGGAUCACAUCAUUGCCUCAGUUGUGGAGACCAAAAAGGCAGAAGGCAGGCGCACUGGGGCUCCUGAAGGCGCCGAGCUCAGCAUAUUGGGAGGCCGCAAAGAUGGCAUAAUGGGCCUUAGUGUUCUGGAACCACAUACCUCUCACUCCUGGCUUUGUGAUGGGCGACUCCUCUGCCUACAGGAUCCCAGCAACAGCAACAACUGGAAGAUAUUCAGGGAGUGCUGGAAGCAAGGACAACCCGUGUUGGUGUCAGGUAUACAUAAGCGUCUGAAAUCUGGUUUGUGGCUCCCUGAAGCGUUUAGUGAAGAGUUUGGAGACCAGGAUGUUGACCUGGUCAACUGUAGAAACUGUGCCAUCAUCUCUGAUGUGAAGGUGCGAGACUUCUGGGACGGCUUCCAGGUCAUCUCUAAACGACUGCAAGAUAGUGACGGUCAGCCCAUGGUAUUGAAAUUAAAGGACUGGCCUCCAGGUGAAGACUUCAGGGACAUGAUGCCGACACGGUUUGACGAUCUGAUGGAUAAUCUCCCCUUGCCUGAAUAUACAAAAAGAGAUGGUCGUCUAAAUCUUGCUGCCCGUCUGCCCAACUUUUUUGUCCGUCCUGACCUUGGACCCAAGAUGUACAAUGCCUACGGCUUGAUCUCAACUGAAGACAGGAAGGUGGGAACCACUAACCUUCAUCUGGAUGUGUCCGAUGCUGUUAAUGUCAUGGUCUAUGUUGGCAUCCCUUAUGGAGACGAUAACCAAGAUCAAGAGGCGGAUAUCUCAGGACGCAAAGAGGUGAUGACUACCAUUGAGGAAGGUGAUGUGGAUGAAAUGACAAAGCGCCGGAUUUACGAGGGACACGAGAAACCCGGGGCUCUCUGGCACAUAUAUGCAGCCAAGGACGCAGAAAAGAUCAGAGAACUGCUCCGCAAGGUGGGUGAGGAGCUGGGUCAAGAAAACCCUCCAGACCAUGACCCUAUUCACGACCAGAGUUGGUACCUGGACCAGGUGCUCCGCCGCAGACUCUAUGAAGAGUAUGGAGUCCAGGGCUGGUCCAUUGUACAGUUUUUAGGAGAUGCUGUAUUUAUUCCUGCUGGAGCGCCACACCAGGUGCACAACCUGUACAGCUGUAUCAAGGUAGCCGAGGACUUUGUGUCUCCUGAGCACGUGAGGCACUGUUUUAGACUGACCCAAGAGUUCAGACACCUCUCCACUACUCAUACGAAUCAUGAGGACAAGCUACAGGUGAAGAACAUCAUCUAUCAUGCAGUGAAGGAUGCAGUUGGGACUCUGAAGGUCCAUGAACCUAAACUAGCUCGCCCUUAGGUUCUCACAAUUAACCCUGUCCCAAAAAUGAUCAACCUCCGAAGACCACUCCACUACAUUCUCACACACGCACACACACACACAUCACACAUUUCAUGUCUACACAUACAUGCAAGCUGCAGAACAGGGAUGCGUGGGGUCUUUUGGGACAGUGAAGAUUUGUUUUGUGGGGAAGGGAGCAUUUGAUUUGGGGAGGGCUUAUAUAGGGAGGGAAUAGUCAGCGCUUCUUGAAGGAAGUCCUUGAUCGCUGUUACACAGUAUGCUCAAACAUGUCUAGUUGUUUUCCAAUUUUUUUGAUUGACUCUGUAUUUAUGGUCAGUGUAUUUGUUCAGUUUUCAAUGUACAUGUAAGAUUAAGGGAGAUAAAAGCUGGCGUGCCUUUGGAACAGAGGUUCAGCUACCAUGUAAGCGACUGACAAAAUGUGAGCAGUGGGCUAACUUCCCCCAAUUAUGAUCAAUUGUUUUUCCUUUAAUAGGAGAGAAGUUAACCUGUCUUUGUAGAGUUUUGUUGUUGUUGUUGGAGUUUUUUAUCAGCUGAGUGCUUCUGCCUUUUGUGGCUGAAAGUAGUUUGAAACAGCCAGUGAAGGGAAGCAGACCAAAGUUUUGUAUUUUCAGUUUUCUUAUUUCACAGUUAGAGUAAAAAAAAAUUUCUUUUUAUACACAAUGAAUUAAUGAUCCGGACAAAGGCGGUUCCUUUUCUUUUUUUAGUUUGGUCACAUUUUUGUCCCUCGGCUGAAUGAACUGAAGACUUCCAACAACAUUAAACACAAUUGCAGCUGAACAGAACUACUGGCCAUUAACAUUGUAUCAAUAUAUAUAUUGAUCUUAGCAGUCUGUUUGAUUUUUCACAAUAAAGUUUACAAAAACA